AUUAUGGUUUAGACGUUUGCUUGAAAGAAGAUUAAUAAAUAAUUACAAUUAACGCAAGUAUUCAUUACUAAACAUUGUCGAGAUACGUAACCAGUGUUGGAAAUGGACGAAGAUAAAUAUGCUCUAGCGGAAAAAAUUGUUAAAGACAUCGAAAAUGUUAUGACAAAAAAUGCUGAGUUAUGUUCCUUUGAAAUAGUGCCGGUGGAAUCAAAUUUUCAAAAUAAGUCGCCUGUUUUACUCGUAGAAAAUUGCCUAGGCCUAGAAUCAUGGUGUGUGAAGCAUGUUUAUAUGUUUUGCUACACGGAAAUUAUGGAUAAGUUGUUACCUAAACAAAAACGUAAAACGCUCAAAUUAACUUCUUUUACCUCAGACAGACUUAUUAGGCUAUUGAAUGUUACUCUACUUGUGAAUCCAGAAUUAAGUUCUCUUUGGAAUAGAAGACGUGAAAUGAUAUUAAAAUUGAUGCUGGAAAAAACUUCAGAGCUGCAGUUUACCAAACUAGUUCUCUCUAGGAAGCCAAAAUGUAACGAUGCAUUUGCCUAUCGUAGGUGGGUUUUGGAUUUCAUUUUCAAAGAUACUACACAUCAAUAUAAUAUUGAUCAUCUUGUUUCUGAAGAGCUUGAAGUUUGCCAUCUGGCUUCAGAUAAGAAUCCCAACAACUACCAUAGCUGGAAUCAUCGAAUGUGGCUACUGAACAAGCUCAAAGCCAUUGAAAAGCAAAUACUAUUUAAUAUAAGUAAUUUGUACAUAAUUGAAUAUAAUUUUUCUGAGAUAUGGACUCUGAAACACGUAUCAGAUUUCAGCUGUUACCAUUAUAGACAGUUUUGUAUAAAUAACAUUUUCACAUUCAAUAAUGAAAGUUGGAAAAUUUUUUCUAACACCAUCAAUACCAAUUUACAUCAAGGAUUUAUAAAAUUUUUGGUUGGCAACUUUCCUAAAGACAUAACUGUCGAAGUUUCUGAAGAGAAUUUGGAUACUUAUUCCGAAGACAAUUUGGUUAACUUACUUCUUUCCAAUGUUGCUAAAAACUGCAACUGUAUUUCCAAUAAUGUCUUAGUUUGUAGAAAAUUGGAGUUAUUAUUUAAUGAAUUGGUGAUUAACAAUGGAUUGCUGACGUUUUAUAAAUACCAUGAGACAUUAUGGUACCACAGACGGUUUAUUAUUCAUGAAAUAAUUACUAUCAUGUAUGAUCAUUUUGGGUUAGUACGACAAGACGGGGUACUUGUAAAGGAGAGUUGCAGAAAGUGCCAGAUUGACGAUUUGAGACAGAAACAAGCUAAAAUAGGGAAGUAUGACAGUGAAAGAGUGUACUCAAGUUUGCUUUUUGUUGUGCUCAUAGCACAUGAAAAGAAAUUUGUUGAAGAAAGACGAAUUGAUACUGACAACUAUGCAGACAGGCAUGAAAAAUAUUUGAAAUUUGUUGAGGGACUUAAUAAUGUAAUGUAAAAUGAUUUAAAUACUAGCAGAUGUUAUGAUAUUUAAAUGGACAUUGCAACUGACUGUGCAAAAUGAUUACAGAAUUUUAAAGAACUUAUUUUUUAAAUAAGCAAUAUAAAAAGUGAUGUUAAAAGUCAAAGUUACAGGUUCAAAAUUUAAGGCGUUCCCAUUAAGGCACAACACAUGAACAUUCUGGUUAGCAAUAGCGCAAGAUUUAUCCACAGACUGCUUAUCAUGGCUGUUAAUUUUACCAUCUUUCCAGUAGUUUGUACUUGAACUGGAGAACCUUAAUUCUUGGGCUGUUUUAAAAAUUUUAAAUCACAAUUACAUUUUUUUAUGUAGCUAUGUAGUAAUCUACUUAUAUAUAAGCAUUUCUACUUAUGAAAUAGGCUGUUUUUUUUGAGUUUGUUGGUGAAAUUUAAUAUUAUGUGUUAUUUC